GGACCAGUUCGUAGUUCGAAAUGAAGCUGAUCAUAGUCGGUUUAUUGGCCACAUUGGCCUUCAUUUUCAGCCCUCAGCCAUGUUUCUCGUACAACGAUGAACCUCUGCUCUAUGGUCAGUUUCCGGAAGACUUUGUGUGGGCUUUGGCGACUGCGUCUUAUCAAAUCGAAGGAGCAUGGAAUGAAGAUGGAAAGGGAGAAAGUAUCUGGGACAGGUUCAGUCAUGAAGGGAACCACAUAGACGACGGCUCAAAUGGAGAUGUGGCCUGUGAUAGUUACCACAGGUAUCAAGAAGACAUUGAAUUGCUCAGCGAAGUUGGGGUUAGUCAUUACAGAUUUUCUGUGGCUUGGACCCGAAUUCUGCCUCAAGGAACAGGCGAGGUGAACCAAGCAGGAAUAGAUUAUUACAACAACCUCAUUGAUGCUCUUCUCGCUGCUGGGAUUCAACCAAUGGUCACCUUGUACCACUGGGAUCUACCCCAAGCUCUUCAAGACAGAGGCGGUUGGCUGUCCAAUGAAUCCCCUGAUUGGUUUGAUGAAUAUGCUGCAAUUCUCUUCAGAGAAUUUGGCGACAGGGUGAACUUGUGGAUCACUUUCAAUGAGCCGUGGGUUUUCUGUGUGCUGGGAUACGGAACUGGCGAACAUGCCCCGGGGGAGAAAGAUUUGGCGUGGAACCCAUACACUUGCACCCAUAAUGUUCUCAAGUCUCAUGCCAGGGCUUAUCAUAGAUACCACGAUGAGUUUGCUGCUCAAAACCCGACAGCGCAAAUCGGAAUCACCUUGAACGUUGGAAUGGCCCUGGCUGCGAAUGAUGCCCCAGAAACAAUUGCAGCCUCCGAAAGAGACAUGAACUUCAACAUGGGCUGGUAUGCCCACCCGUUGUUCAAGGGAAAUUACCCCCAAGUCAUGAUUGACAAGGUCGGAGAGAAAAGCGAGGCACAGGGUUUUCCGGUGUCCCGUCUUCCUGCUUUCACUGCCGAAGAAAUCGAGUAUAUCAAGGGAACUUCGGAUUUCCUCGGUAUCAAUCAUUACACUUCGGGAAUCGUCUAUGAAAACAUCAACAGCAUCAAUGACGUCAGCUUUUUCGCUGACAGUGACGUUGCUGGCUUCACAGAUCCGACCUGGUACUCAUCCGGGUCCAGUUGGCUGAAAGUGGUUCCUUUUGGCUUGAGGGUCCUCAUGAAUUACGUGAAGAACGAAUAUGACAACGUUCCUGUUUAUAUCACCGAGAGCGGCUUCUCUGACAAGGCUGGCAACACUGACGACUUGGGGAGAAUUUACUACUACAAGCACUACAUCAACAACUUGCUCAAAGCUGUGAAUCUUGAUGGUUGCAAUGUCAAGGGAUAUACGGCUUGGUCACUCAUGGACAAUUUCGAAUGGGCUCGAGGCUAUUCGGAAUAUUUCGGGGUUCACGCGGUGGAUUUCAACGACCCCAACAGACCCAGAACCAGCAAAGCCUCGGCCAAAUACUACAAGAGUCUAAUCUCAAACAACGGAUUCGUCGAAAAUCCGUCGUGCAAGUUGGCAAAUUUGUAUCCGAAAAACCUGCCUGAUGCCUCUGUGAUCAUGUGCUUCCAAAACGAAGCCUGGUCCACUCUCAUCCGUUCAAUCCUUUCGGUGCUGAAUCGCAGUCCAACGCAUUUACUGCGAGAAUUGAUUUUGAUUGACGAUUCCUCGUCAUUGGAUUACUUGAAACAACCUUUGGAUGAUUACGUCUCUGAACUGAAGCCUCGGGGCAUCGUCAAAAUUUUGCGGUUGGAAACCAGAGAAGGUUUGAUUAGGUGUCGUCUAACCGGAGCCAAGGUUGCCAAAGGUGCUGUGUUGGUUUUUCUGGAUUCGCACAUCGAAGCCACAAAUGGAUGGUUGGAACCUUUGCUGAACCGAAUCCACCAGAAUUGGUCAAACGUGGCUGUGCCAAUUAUUGAUAGUAUUGCUUCUGCAACUUUCAAGUUUCAAGGGGACAAAGAAGAUCCCGACCACACUGGAACCUUCAACUGGAGCCUUUUUUUCCGCUGGUUUCGGAUUCCACCCGAAGAGAAAAAGCGAAUGAUCGAUAGCAUUGAUCCUUUGCCUACACCAGCGAUGGCUGGGGGUCUUUUCGCCAUCAGCAAAACAUUUUUCAAGCAUCUCGGAGGAUACGACAAAAACCUACUGUUUUGGGGCGGUGAAAACAUGGAACUUUCUUUCAAGACUUGGAUGUGUGGGGGUUCUUUGGACAUCAUUCCCUGUUCACACGUUGGCCACGUGUUCAGAUCAGCUUCUCCGAUCAAGUGGCCGAAAAAUGCCUCAGGCAGGAGCCCGGUUUGGAAAAAUGUGAUCCGAGUGGCAAAAGUUUGGCUCGACGAAUACCAAGACAUGCUCUUUUCGGAAAUUGGCAAAGAUAAGAAGACUUGGAAUGUCGGCAGCAUAAGGAAAGAAGUAGCAACACGGAAACGGCUGAAAUGCAAAUCGUUCAGAUGGUAUCUCGAAAAUGUGCAUCCGCAAAUGUUUGCUCCUAGAAACCCGUUGGCAAGAGGAGAAAUUCGCAAUAUUGGCAGCUACUGGGGGACAAAAUCGCUUCCCCUUUGCCUCGACCACGAUGGCGAACACGAUUUGCACAAAUCUGUUGGAAUAUACGCAUGUCACAUGUCUGGUAUCAUAUCGUUUAUAUAUCAUUGA